AUGUUUCUACGAUACUAUCUAAAUGAAAAGAAUGAACGUGUAUAUACUUUGGAGACUAUAGCUCCUGAUGGAACUCCUACACUAUCUGCACAUCCUGCAAGAUUUUCUCCAGAUGACAUUUAUUCAGCACAGAGGAUAACAUGUAAAAAGCGUUUUGGUUUAUUACCAACUCAAAAAGUAGCAAAGCAAAUAUGA